CUUCCUCCUCAUCAUCAUCCUAACAACCCUCGACGCCUUGUACUCUCUGACAAGGCAGGCACAACUCUCACGUCAAAUACCGCUUGUGCCUUAUCUCACCACGCCGCCCAGAGCACUACGCCGCAUCGCUUCUUCAUUCCUCCCAACGACGCCGACGACCUUCUUUCACUCACAUUCUUUCGUACGUGCUUUCAUUCAUUUCUAUCGUGUCCGAUCACUCAACGCACGCCAUGUCUUCAGCCACCGCAUCAUCUUCGCCAUCCACUUCCGCUUCCGCUUCCCCCUCUUCCUCUUCCUCUUCAAAUAACACUGCUAUUGCCCUGGGGGUCAGUCUUUCCAUCGUAGCGCUACUGGCUAUCGCGCUCUUUAUCUUCUGGUUCCUCCGGCGGCGUCGCCCCCACGUCUCCAGCCAGCCGCACACGACUGUCCGGCGCAACACAGUCGUCGACCUCAGCAAUCCGGCAUUCCGUGUCACGCCCUUUGGUUCGCCAGAUGGCGACACGCCCCGCUUUGUGCACGAACCGGGCGCGAACAUGCGUGUUGCGCACCGCCGCGACGACGGCGGGUGGGAGUUCUCCGAGAUGACGCCGGACAACUGGUCGACGUUCGACCUCCCAACCCCGCUUGCCGGCCGCCACUCGCUCUCGGGCCGCUCCUCGCUCAGCUGCGUGUCCGCGCUGGGCAGCAAGGAGAAGCUGAAGCUGCAGCCCGGCGAGCUCACCACACGCGGGUUCAUCGAGCACGACGGGGACUACGACAAUCCGCCGCCGGCGUACGAGCGUGCGGUAGGGCCGAGCCGCGGCCCGGGAGAGGUGUAGGGGCGCAUCUCGGACUACUGGUUUUGUUUACGUCUGUUUAUGUUUAUGUGCGUGCUUUUGGUAUUGUCCGCUUAUGUUUCAUCGCUUUUGCUUUCUAUGUUCUCGACGCUGUGCUCUCAACCAAGCUCGCUGUAUCUGCUUACUGAGCAUGUAACAACAAGGUCUGAAUGUCGUCUUCUCGUCUGUGCAAGUUCGAGAUGGAAGUUUGGGCGUGCCCAUUGAUUAUACCAGUGGAACUUUGUCUC